GCAGAAUACGAAGCUCGGCACGCACAGCUAUUGGAUAGAAGCGAUGCACGUGUUCAUCGGCGCAACCGUGGUGUUUGCGGCGCUUACAAUACCACAGGCGGUACGUUACUCCAUGUACGCAAUGCGAGUACCGAAUGGCAACAAGGUUCCGGGCGUGACGGCGCUGGGGCACCUGGACCCGAAGCUGGCUGGGCCGAUGAACGAGUUUGGCAUGGACAUGAUCGAUGCUGACUUCCACUGGACAAAAGAGUUCUGCAUGAAGGACUCGGAUGGCGACGGUCAGACGAACGGACAGGAACUGGGCGAUCCGUGCUGCGAGUUCGUGUUCAGGAAGAAUCCCAAGGUGCGCUGGACGGAGGGCGUCUCGCACCCUGGAGACGCCACGUUCAUGUCGGAUCCGAAGCUCUGGGAGGGAGUCGCGUGUGAGGAGUCCAUUGAUACAGCAGCGAGACCGCCUAACACAUCAGCUAACGUUGGUGAAGAAGCUUACACCGAAGCAGCAGCAGCAGUGAAGGUGGAGGAGACUGCGACGGAGGAAGCGGUAAGUACAGAAACAACAACGGAGGACGCGGAGGAGCACGAGGCUGCUACUGUUCAAAGCGAGACUGCUGAAGCUUCGUCCGCGCUCUUCUCGUCGAGUUUGCUAUCUGCGGUGGUCGUUUUUGGCCUGUUGGAUGUCAUUUUGUCAAACGAAGAUGUAUUUUACAUGCACAUGUACAGUGGUGUUGCCAAAUGCGUCAACGACAUCGAGGUUGGCUUUCAUCGGAUGACUCCAAGACAAGUCUGUUGCGCCGACUCCCUUCCAGCGCUCAAAUACACUGCUGUGACCAACAUGGCGCGUGGCACGCGAAUGUCUAUUUGGCAAAUCAGCAAAUAG